CUUUGUACUUGUUUGUUUUUUGGAGAAAAAAAAAUAUGGGAAUCCUUUGCCUGGUUUUGGUGAUCUUGCAACUUUCAUGGAGUUUGUCUUCCUCUGUUGCUCCUCCAUCCUCUCAUUUAUGUCUCCCACAUCAAAGAGAUGCUUUGCUCCAUUUUAAAACCACCAUUUCUGUUGAUUGUUUUAGAGAUCCUUAUCCCAAGAUAGACGUAGAGUCAUGGAACAAAAGCAUCGAUUGUUGUUCAUGGGAGGGAGUGGAAUGCGACAACGUGACUGGUCAUGUAAUCGGCAUCGAUCUUAGUCACAGUUGCCUUGAUGGUUCUCUCUUCGCAAACAACAGCCUUUUUCAACUUCACAACCUCCAAUGGCUUGACUUGAGCUCCAACAACCUCGGAGGCUCUCUUCUUGAGAACACUAGCUGCUUGUUUCGCUUUCAUGGACUCCAACGACUCAACCUUGCUUAUAACGUUUUCACUGGCACCAUCUCAUCAAAGUUAUUUAGCCAGUUGGUGAGUUUAACCCAUCUUAAUCUCUCUAAUAAUGGCUUCUAUGGCUUGAUCCCGCAUCAAAUCAGUCUCCUAUCAAGUUUGGUUUCACUUGACCUUUCCUUUUACGGUUACGAAUCAAGAUUUGAUGGCCAAGGUUUUGACAUGCUUGCAAGAAACUUGACCAAAUUAAGAAACCUUGCACUUGAUGAUGUAGAUAUGUCUGAUGUUGCACUCACUUCCUUUCUAAACUUGUCUUCAUCACUUGGACAUUUGAGUCUCAGUGCGUGUAACUUACAUGGGGAACUCCCAACUCAAGUUUUUCAGCUUCCAAACCUCAAAGCUUUAGGUUUAAGUGAAAAUGAAAAACUCACAGGUUAUCUCCCUAACACAAACUGGAGUAAUGGCCUUGAGUUGUUGGACCUUUCCGAUUGUGGUUUUAGGGGGUCAAUUCCAGCAUCAUUUGGAAAUCUCACUCAAAUCAUUUCAGUUGAUUUAUCAGGAAAUUCGCUUGAAGGACAGAUUCCAGCUGUUUUUGGAAACCUUAGAAAAUUAACUUAUUUGAGCUUUUCUUCAUGCAAUUUGAGUGGUCCACUUCCAAUAACUAUCUUCAACCUCACAAGAAUUACCCGUCUGGAUUUGUCAAAUAAUCACUUGGAAGGUCCCCUUCCAAAUCAUGUUAGUGAGCUUCAAUUUUUAGAGGAACUUCGGUUAGAUGAUAACUCUAUAAGUGGUGGAGUACCAUCUUGGCUGUUUGAUCUUGUGAACCUUACUUCACUUGAUUUGUCAUCAAACAACUUGAGUGGUGUGAUCAAGCCAGAUAUGCUUUCAAAACUCACGAGUCUUAUGCUUCUUUAUGUUUCAAGUAAUAGUUUAUUAUCAUUAAGCACAAGCGGCAAUGAUGUGAAUUAUUCUUUCCCCCAGCUUAGAACUGUGAACUUCUCUGGUUGUAGCGUAAGGCAGUUCCCGAAUUUCUUUCGAACAUCGAACUUGAAAGCAUUAGAUCUUUCCAAUAACAUGAUUUCUGGUGGAAUUUCCAAAUGGGAAGCUGAAGGGUGGGAAAGAUUGAAAUGGUUAGAUCUUUCUCAGAACUUUUUGACUGCUUUGGAGCAAUUUCCGGGAAACAAUAUGGAAUAUCUCAACCUACAUUCCAACUUGCUUCAAGGACCAAUUCUCUCAACUUGCUUGAAUCCUCAAACUCCAAUUUUAAAGGAGUUGCAAGCGUUCAUCAUUUCAGAGAAUAAAUUGACAGGAAACGUCCCUUCUUCUAUUUGUAAUUGGAGUUCACUUGUUCUUCUGGACUUGUCCGGAAACAGCUUGAGUGGAACUAUUCCUGAUUGUCUUGAAAAUUUAUGCGGUACCUUAGAUUUGCAAAUGAACAACUUCAGUGGCAAGAUCCCUAAUUCUUUUGCGAAUAUUGGUUUGAGGCGUCUUUUACUCAAUGACAAUCAAUUGGAAGGAUUAGUACCAUCAUCUUUGGCUAAUUCUACUUCAUUGGAACUUUUAAAUUUAGGGAACAACAAGUUAACGGAUAGAUUUCCCCCUUGGUUAGCUUCACUUUCAAGUCUGCAAGUUCUUAUCUUGAGAUUUAAUAGAUUUUAUGGAUCACUGCCUCAUUCCGUAGCUUCAUCUAACUUCUCUGCAUUGCGAAUAAUUGAUCUCUCUGCAAAUGAGUUCACGGGCACAUUGUCAACGAAACUCUUACGAAAUUUGAGAGGAAUGAAAGAUAAACCUAGAGAGUGGUUAACCUCCGAAUAUUCAUAUAUUUUUCAAUAUUUUCAAUUCAGUUUUAUUUAUGAAAAUCAUGUGAAUGUAACAACGAAAAGAUUGGAGGUGGAAUUGACAAAGACCUGUGACAUUUUCAUAUCUAUGGACUUGUCAAACAACCAAUUCUCCGGAGAAAUUCCUGACGAUGUUGGGCAACUUAUUUCCUUGCAAAUGCUCAAUUUCUCUCACAACAACUUCACUGGUCCUAUCCCAACAUCUUUGGGAAAUUUGGUAGCACUUGAAUCAUUGGAUCUUUCAUCAAACAAGUUCAGUGGCGGGAUUCCUCCUCAAAUGACGAAUCUGACAUUUCUUGAAGUAUUGAAUCUUUCAAACAAUAAUCUUGUUGGACCAAUUCCUCAUGGGAAUCAAUUCGAUACAUUUGAUAAUGAUUCCUAUAGCGGUAACUUGGGAUUGUGUGGAUUACCAUUAUCCAAGCAAUGCGUCAACUUUCAGGGGCCUGACCCGCCUUCACCAUUGGUGGUGGAACAUGGAGGUUCUAAGAUACCCUUCUUUUGGCAAGUUGUAAUGAUGGGGUAUGGAAGUGGAGUAGUGAUGGGACUGAGCUUGGGUUACAUUGUAUUCACAACUGGAAGACCAUGGUGGUUUGUUAGAAAGGUGGAGAGAGACUGGCAAUACAAUUUCACGAAGUGGGUACAAAGAAACAAAGUAAGAAGAAAUUAGCUCUGCAUCCAACAUCUUGCUUAGUGGCAUUGGAAUUCAAGAUUGAAUUGGAUGGAAAGAUUCAGCAUUUCAGUUCCUUGGGAAUGAUUUGAAUAAAUAAGUGGGGGUGUUGUGAAUUUAGCAAAUGAUAUGAGUGUCUUCGUGUUCAUCAUAAUUUUUAAAUUUGUAUUUGUGAGUAUUGUGUCGUUAUGUUUGUUCCAAGUAAUAUUAUCCUUUCUUUCG